AUGCUGGCAACCGCACAACAUCCGUCGCUAUACGUAAGUUCGAAGAACAUUGAAGUGGCAUCAGUCGCUUUCACGCUUGGCGCAGUGGGUACGCUGGCGGCGAUGGACAAGGUUGGCAACCAGGACGGGACGACACAGGACUCUGGUUCAGGAGGCUCUGCGUAUUCGGACCUGAGCGCACUGGAGAACGAAACUGAUGAAUUCGGCCGAAGAAUACUGCAGCAUCAACGGGACUUGCAGCGCCUUAACAAUGCGAUCAAGCCUGGGCAGCGAGCAUUCAGACACGCCCGACCGAGACCGCGGAGACUAGCGGAGCGUCUCGAUACUGACGAACUGGCAAACCAUGUGCAGACUGCGCAGAGCAAAGACAGAGCUCGAAGCGCGGGCAGCGAGGAGCUGGAGCCCCCGCUGAACGUUCCUAGACAGUGGGGUAGGAGAGCUAGAAAGCGACCGGAGUGGCUCAGAGAGAAGGAUGCAACGGCCGACGAGGACGGUCUAGCAGCCAACGGGCAAGCUGCACCAGAUGCGCGACAGGCGGACGAUGAUGCGAUUUUUCCGCACAGGACAGCGUACACCGGAGAUGAAGAUUGGGAUGCUCUCGCAGACGAGCCGACUGCCUCACUCGAGGACACGCCGCCGUCAAUGCGUCGACGCAGGCCGGGGUUAACGCCAACGUCGAUGGGACAUAUGAACACGACACUCAACAGCGAUUUCGGCAUUGACGACCAUGACUUCUCCAGCGCGUCGCUACUCGCCUCUACACCCGCUGUGAAUCAACGAGACCGCAAGGUCGACGAGCUGACUCGUAAAGAGAUUGAGUCCAUCGAGCGUCGUGGUGUCGCAAAGCGCACGCUGGAGCAAAUUCUCGAGCAGUCAGCGGUUAAGUCAACAGAGAAGAGGCCUGUGACCGCGCCCUCUCGUGAUACUGCACCUCAGCCUAGACGACGACGUAGCCUGAUCGCUAACAAGGAGAACAUGCCACCCAACGGCGACGUGAAUGGCACGUUCAAGGGCGCCGAAACGGUGGGUCUGGUGAAUCGCACAGCGGAAGCUGUGAAUGUGCAACGACCUCCGCACAAGCGGAACGACUCGUACAACUUGCUUAAGAGACUUGCGCGCGUGUCGAGCUUGUCGCCGAGUCCGGCGAAGCCAAAGGCGGGCGGUGAGCAGGCACCAAGCGCAGACACACGGAUGACGAAGAGUACGCCGGAGCUGCCUGCUAAGCCAUUCACCUCUGCACAAGAUCAACUUGUGGACCUUACUUCACGAAAUACUCAGACACUUACAAGGGACGAAGUGCAAGAACUGAGUUCUGCACCAAACGGAAAGCACGAGCCGGCAGCUAUGGCGGCGGAAGAGGGUGCGGAUGAAAUGCCGGAAGGCGAAUUGGUAACGCCUGACAUCGAUGUCACCCCUGCACACGAUUAUUCAACGCACGACGCGAAAACGCCAGUGGUCACGGGCGCCUGGAUUGAUACGCCUAAGCCUUUGCCUGAUGUGCGGCCGCUGCUGAAGGCUACAGACUCGACCAUCAUCCGAGCAUUCGGCACUCCAUCCGGAGCAGCUGCACUCGGUCUAGACGAAGACCCCCUUCCAGAAAAUCUCAGACGCGAGUUCAGCGAGCCGAUGCACGCGAAGUCGGCGCUCGCGGACGUGCUCAAAGAAGUGAAAGCGCAGAAUGAUGCGCAAUUCGGCGAGACAACCAUCCAAUCACUCGAGAACAUCAUCAACCCAAGUGCGGACCCCACCGACCCAACGAUGAUUACCGACAUCACAGAAGCGGUGGACGCCGUGCUCCACGCUGCCGACAGUAAGGCGCCAGCCACUCAAGCAGAGAAAGAUCGUCGGCAGGAGCAACUUGCCAUUGAGGCAAUGAACAAGCAUCUUCGCGCAGCACGUACCAGCAUCAAGGACGCUGACAAUGGCCUGCGCCGUGUUGAGAACAAAAUCGACGUCGCGCAGUCUGCCGACGUCCAAGUCUCGACUCCCACUUUUAAAAGAACCAUGACGAACGGAAAGCACGGCAAGGCCAUCUGUCCGACCUGCGGCGGCAAAUAUCACACCUCCGUCUGGGCCGCUCUCUGGUCCGAGUUCCAGGAAUGUUUCUACACCUGGGAUCGUUCCCUACCGUACCGCGUGCGGUUGACCCGGCUUGGCAUUGCCGUCGUCCUCUUCCUGCUCUGGUACACCAUCGAAAGCGUGCUUUGCCACUACUAUUGCUGGCACAUGUAUGCCGAGUCCAUGAUUGGCUUCGGUGUUGACCCGGAUGCACCUAUGUUCCCCUUCGUGAUUCCAACGCUCUUGCUCCGACCAUUCGAACCGAUGUGGCGACCGGUCUGGGAGGCUUUGGCGUGGUGUUUUGGUGUGGCAUUCCAUUACGCUUUUGGGGACUCUACGUAUAUGGACACUCAUCCUUGGAAUGACCUUGACUUGUAUGAUCUUGAUGGUGACAUGGAGAUUGCGGGAAACACAUUGCAAUAUGGGCGAGGUUGGGCGCAAACUGCGACGGCGUCACUGGUUUCCGAGAGUACACGGGUAUUGAGAAGUGCGGUGACUGCAGUGGAUGAGGUGGGGAGUAUGUGGGAUGAUGCUGUAUUGGGUUAA